CCAUCAAACAAUCGAUUUUGGCCAGCCAGUCUUGCAGCCGCAGCCGCAUUGUUGCCAAAUGCAGGAGGAGUGAUUUCAGCAGCCGGUUCGAACAGAAAUACCGAGACGACCUUAGUGUGGGCUAAAUCACAGAGCAAUCCCUCAAGUACUCUACUCGGAUCAGUUCGAAGUGGAAUUCAAAACGAAGGAAGCACAAGCGAAAGCGCCGGGGAUAGGGAAUCGAGUCCGUCAUCUAUGAAAUCCCGAUCACGGAAACUCUCCUCCAUUGAUCGCAAAGAUGCACGCCACGAUGGUGGAGUCUAUGCCGAUUUCGCGAUUAGCAGAUUCAGUUCCUAUCCAUAUGGUCAAGAUGGUAGCGCUACUCAAAUUACAAAACAUGAAUUUCCUUACGAUUCGAGGACUUUGAAUACAGCAAGUACCUACCAAUCAUUCCUUCAACAAGCAGUUCUGCAGCAGCACCCGAAUGGUGUCGACAUCAAAGCUUCGCAUUCCCUGCCUUCAGCUGCACAAAGCUACAACAACUGGUCACACUUUCUGGAAGACAGAAAUGCUGCACAACACCCAGAAUACGCGGUUCCAUCGGUAGGGUCUGCUGUCCAGUACCCGCGUCCAGAAGAUGGAAUCUAUUUCAGCGGGCAGCCACACUCAUGGAGCUAUAAUGCCAAUUCGAAUCAGAGCAUCUCUUCAGCCACGCUAGGUGGAGGGAUUUCGACAGAUGUUAGAUGUGUUCAACCUGAAUCUAGCUGGCCUCAAGUUAACUCCAGUUCUUAUCCGAAUUCCUCAUUUCCUGUGGAAGCGGAGAGAUCUGUUUUAUGA